CCUAAUUGUUGUGAUAAACUUAUUAAAUAGGUUGAGAUGCCUGAAAAUUCUAGCGUUGGAUAUGAGCAGGACCUGAAUAAUAUUGUGGUUGAGUAUCUUGAUUACGCAAGCUAUUCGGACACUCUCGAGUCUUUCAAAAGUGAAUGCGUGUCCAAAGGCCGGCCUAACCCACAAACCAGUGGCAUCAAAUCAGAUCAAAAGAAAAAUGAAAUACAGAGAGAUCUAUUGAGCCUCUUCCACAGUGGUAGCAGACGAGAGUUCUUCCUACUCUGGAAUGAAAGUCUACCACAAGUCACAAGAGAGAAAGACCAGCUGUGCCAAAAAUUAGAAUUCUAUCUCCAAAUCUACUUUGCAAUCUACUACUAUAAAUACCCGACUCCAGUAAGCGAAGCAUCUGCAAAAAUUGAGGAAGCCACCAAUGCUUUCCGCACAUUUCUGGAAACGAGAGGUUCAUCUCUGAGCCAGACCACGGAGUUCCUUCCCUAUUACGCCCUACCCUUCGUACCAAAUCCGCCGGCGCAUCCCUCUUUUAAAGAACUUUUUACAGACUCCUGGGUCCCAGAAGUCCAAGUGCGCCUCGAGAAGUUCCUCGCCAUUUCUCUUCGCACAAAUGCCAACCCGAGACUCCUGGAACUAUACAAAGACGGGUCUAAAGAUGUGCAGUUGCAGCUUUCUCAGUGCCAACAGAGCUUGAUCGAAUCUGAGAGGAAGACAACAAAAUACAUGAAACGAUACUCCAAGCUACAGAAUGACUAUCACAACAUUAUUUCAAUCACAGCAGAACUGGUCGACACUCUCGAAGCCACCUUCAAUGGCACCAUGGUGACCCCUGAGUAUCUACAGAGUGUUUGUGCCCGUCUGUUUUCAAACCAGGCUGGCCAGAGUGUCGACUUCACUCGCCCGGGGACAGCCGGCUCAGUGAUCCGUAAGAGUCUGGUUGCAUCCAGCAUGCAGCACAUGCAAGACUCAAUGAAUGGAACUUCGAAGGGAGAUCCACGCAACUCACAAUCUAUUAGCUUGGAUGCGACGGGGGUUGUUCGUGCUAGUAUUGCCAAUAGCAGAGCUGUCCCAUCCCCGCCCUGUAUCAAACAGCAGGACGGGCUACAGAAACAACCGGGAUUUGGCGGAGGUGCAGAUGGGGGGAUGGACAUGCCGACAGUUGUGUUGUAUCCUGGCCUAGACUAUUCUCUAGUGAAAGAAGACAUCACUUAUGCAGAGAACAGAGAAAGAUGUCUGCUGCUGCAAGCACUUAGAUGGCGCCUCACUAAAUCAGUUCCUGGUGAACAAAGAGAUGACGUAGUUUCCAACUACAUCUCCAAUGACCUUUUGGCCUGCAGGUCAACACCGGUCAUUAAACAGCCGAAGGGCCAAGGACCGACAACCAAUGGGGUCAACUCAAAUGGAGUGGAACACGAAAGCGAAACGUACAGGUCCGCUAUCUUCCAGCUUCUCAAGAGUGGCACAAUGUCAGCACAAUACCUCGCAAGACUGAUAAAUGGAAUCGCAAGCAUCCGAAACGGUCGUGCCUACUUGAGUGAGAGUGUGGAGUUGCUAAGUGAGAUGCAGGCCGCCAUGCAGUCCGAGCCCAAAGACUCCCUCACCAGAGAGAUGCUCCUCGGAUCACUGCAGAAACUCAGUCUCAAACCGGGAUUUGGCGGAGGUGCAGAUGGGGGGAUGGACAUGCCGACAGUUGUGUUGUAUCCUGGCCUAGACUAUUCUCUAGUGAAAGAAGACAUCACUUAUGCAGAGAACAGAGAAAGAUGUCUGCUGCUGCAAGCACUUAGAUGGCGCCUCACUAAAUCAGUUCCUGGUGAACAAAGAGAUGACGUAGUUUCCAACUACAUCUCCAAUGACCUUUUGGCCUGCAGGUCAACACCGGUCAUUAAACAGCCGAAGGGCCAAGGACCGACAACCAAUGGGGUCAACUCAAAUGGAGUGGAACACGAAAGCGAAACGUACAGGUCCGCUAUCUUCCAGCUUCUCAAGAGUGGCACAAUGUCAGCACAAUACCUCGCAAGACUGAUAAAUGGAAUCGCAAGCAUCCGAAACGGUCGUGCCUACUUGAGUGAGAGUGUGGAGUUGCUAAGUGAGAUGCAGGCCGCCAUGCAGUCCGAGCCCAAAGACUCCCUCACCAGAGAGAUGCUCCUCGGAUCACUGCAGAAACUCAGUCUCAAACGUUCUCUGCAGACUGCGAUGAUAGGGAGUGGGGUGGUAGAGUGGCUGACUGAGGAACUGCAGGACUUCGACUCUUUGUCCGACUAUUCUUUGGAGUACAGUGUCGCUCUCCUCAUGAACCUCUGUCUGCGCACCAAGGGAAAGCUACGCUGCAGUGGUUUCCCCUCGAAGAUAUUAAGUGCACUGAGUGACCUGCUGGGCCAUGACUACCAUGACAUCAGGCCAUACAUCAAUGGCACCCUCUACAGCAUCCUAUGUGUGCCUGAAGUGAAACACGAAGCCAAAUCAAUGGGUCUAGAGGAUAUCAUGAAGCAGUACAAGUCGAAUGACAAUCCAGAGAUGAACAGACAGAUAGACUUCAUCAUCCGCCAACUGAAUUCGGAGGAGAAACCGAAGGAUCCCGAGGACUCUGAUGACGAGCAGGAGGACGACGAUGAAGAGGAGGCAAAGGGCGAUGCGAUGGAGGCUGACCUGGACAAGGACGAGAUCGUGAGGGCGGCUGGAAGUGAACUGGCGGGGGAGAAAUUGCUCACUCACAAAUACCUUUCCCCACAGGCAAAACAGUCGCUGAUGCCUCCGAAGUCGUCUUCGUCUAAACAGAAGCCUAUGGACUCCAGUGAACCCUUGAUGAGGCCGACCACGCCCAGUAGAACACACACAGCAAAGUAUGGGCAACAUGGAGGCGACAACAGUGCAAUCGGACAGCAGCAGCAUGAGAGAUCAAGACCCACAACAAGCAGUGGAAGGGGAGAUUUGGAGGGAGUCGUGGAAGGAGAUGAGAUGGAUCUGCCUGUGCUGAGAGAGGAGUCGUCGGACUCUGUGAAGACAGAUGUGGACGCCUCAGAGGCACUCAGUCGCACAUUAGGAAUGGAGGACAAGAAGGUUGUAAGGACUGCCCGUAGCCAGUCAGGAGUGGCACCCUCCCAGAGAGCCAUCGACAAGCUGGAGAACGUCGACUUCAAUGAGUACAGCAUGGUGUUUGGGUCCCGCCCGAAGAUUGUGCGAACUCCGGAUGUGGGGGAGGGGGGAAUGAGUCGCCGCACAAACACCACCAAUCCAAUGACACCAAAAGUCUCCUCUUCCGUGCCAAAAUGGACCCAAAGGCCAACCAGUGGGGGAGGGGGAAGUAUACCAGGCAAUAAUUCUACGUCUAGAAACUAAUUUGGAACCACAUUGAGUAAAAAGUGACUUUUUAGAUGUUAAAUUUCUUCUGUAUAUACCAUGUUGAUAGUGUAAAAAAUAAUUGUGUGUACAUUACUGUAAAGAGCCUAUAAAUUUUGGGACUUAAUUGAAGAGGCGUUUUGGA